GACAUCGCAAAUGGUGAAUCAAAUGCUCAAACAGACAUCGCAAAUGAUAAAUCAAAUGCAAAUGAGGUGUCAAUCAACCAGCAUAGGCGGAGCUUUAAGGCGGAAGAGUUUGUUGUUGACAACAACCGGUAGCGCUACGACUUUUUCAAGGCGUUCAGAUUUGCGUGCACUAUUCCAUGUCGUAUCCGUAUAAACUCGUGAAAGAGAAAGCGAGAAAUCUCCUACUGCUUCUGUCCACAUUCUGAAGUGUUCAUCAGAUGGGUACAUCUAUCACAGGAGGCCACGAAAAACCAUACGGAAAGAUGAUGAUGCUACGUAACAUUGUGGAAAACUGGAUGGAUUUAGACUUCUUACAUGCAAGACUUGCAAGGCAAGAAAACAGAGAAAACCUGAAUUCAAAACAUGAAACUGGUGUGUGCAGUGAUGAUGAUGAAGAACAGCAGUGUGCUGAUGAAGUAAAUGUUGAAGAUGCUGUAGUGCCAUGGACAAGACCCUGCAUCCCUCCACCUGCCUGCGUGUCCUCAUCUGAGCCAGAUGCUGGUGUGGUCUCUUCAUCUUCAGUAUGAAUCGGUUUCUCAGGCAUGGACAGCCUCACCUCACAACUCUGUUCCAGUCUGACUGCAGCACUGAGGGAUGUGAUGGCAAAAACAAGUGAAGUCCAGAAGUCCAGCAUGCAGCAGAACAUGGGGUUUUGUCUGAAAUACAUGAUUGUUUGAAUAAGUUUGAAUAAAGCUUAGUUUCGUA